AUCUAUUAAAAUUACCUCAUAGUUUUUAUAUGUACAUUUUAUAUUUUAAUACACUUUAAUUGGCAAACAUAUCAGUAAUGAUUAAAUCAGAGGAUUUGUUAAAUGAGUUUACAUACAAAGAUUUAUUAGAUUAUCUUCUAUACAUAUCUUCUCAUUAAAGUACCUUUGGUGAACUUUAUCUAAUUUCUGGACAUUAAGGUCACAGAUUUUAUGAAAUAAUCUAAUUAAGCAACUCAGAAAACUGAGACUUAGAACAGUUGUCUGUCCUAUCCAAAGUGGAUCAGCUGGAAUAGCUAGGACUGGAGCCCAUUUUCUGAGUUCUAGAACAGUAUUUUUUUCGUUAUGGGGAAAUGCCACAAAUAUUGUUUUUAUUACAUUUUAAUUCCUGUGUGUCCUCACUUAAAGAUGAGUUAACAUAACCAUGAAAAUAACAUGAAACAUCUGUUUGUAAUCAUAACAGAAUAACUAGUAUCAGACUAGCCAUCCCAUUUUAAACAACUUGAAUUGGACAAAAUAUAUGAAACAAUAAUUUUUAGACAUGAGAUAAUGAGGAGUCAAGAUUGAGAGAAGAAAAGUUGAAGUGAGUCCUACAAUUGACCCCAUCUUUAUACCUGGAGGUAGUUUUUGGACCUGUGGUAUAGGGAAAGAUAAUCCAAGAAAACACAGUAUUCUCCCCAAGCUGAGGAGAAAGACAAGAAAGUUGUAAGAGGUAGAAAUAUCAGGAAUUUUCCCUGAAAUGCCAUAAAUGAGGGAGCUAUUUAGGUAAGAGUCCCUAUGGGUCCCUUUGUGUCUUUGACUAGGUAUUAAGUUGUUUAUGUACGAAGUGAACUCUACAAGGUUUGGCAUAAACAACUAACUAAUGGGGAUGUGAAAAGGAAAUAACUAUGGAAGUAUGCACAGGGUGGGGAUACAAUUAUGUUUUGAUCUGUCAGAGGAGAGAGAUUUUGUUGAUCGUAUGGAAAAUUCACAAAGAUCCCUGAAAAGGCAAUCAUUAUCCAGGAGAAGAGUCAAUCAAUAGAAAUAGACUCCCCAGAGUUAAUAGUAAAGGACAUCCCAAAAGCUAGUAUAAAUAUGUCAAGGAAUUAAAGAAAAAUAUGAAUAUAAUAUGAAGAGAAAUGGAAACUAAAAAUAGAAUCAAUGGAAGUUCUAGAAUAUCUUAAAUGGAAAAAAAAUCCAUUGGAUGGGUUUUACACCAGAUUAGACAUUCGAGAAGAAAAUAUCAGUGAACUUCAUGACAGUGUAAUGAAAACUGCAAACUAAGUCUACUAUAGAGAAGGAAAAGGAAAAGACUGAAAAAAGGACAGUGUCAGUAAUUUGUGGGUUAAUAUCAAGCAGUCUUAUAGAUAUAUAAUUGGAGCCUUAGAAAGACUGGGGGGAAGGAGAAUAUAUUUGAAGAAAUAAUGGCCAGAAUUUUUUCUGAGUCCUGAAAAAUGUCAAACACAGAUCUAAGAAGCUCAAUGAAAGCCCAGGAGAUGCAAAGGAAUUAGAAUAGUCAAAUUUAGAAGAAUUAUACUACUUGACUUUAGCAUUUAUUAUAAAGCAAUCAAUAUAUAAUGAUUUUGGUGGGGCAUCUGGGUGGCUCAGUCGAUUGAGUGUCUGACUUUAGCUUAGGUCAUGAUCUUGCAGUGUAUGAGUUCAAACCCCACAUAGGGCUCUCUGCUGUCAAAGCAGAGCCUGCUUCAGAUCUUCUGUCCCCAUCUCAUUUUCCCUCCCCCACUUUUGCUCUCUCAAAACUAAAUAAACAUUGAAAAACAAAGAUAUAAUGCUUUUGGAUACAGACAAGGAUACACAUAAAAAGCAAGGGAAGGAAACGGACCCACACAUAGAGGCAAAUUAUUUUUGAUAAUUCAUUGGGGAAAAGACCGUCUUUUUUUUUUUUGAAAAGACGUCUUUUUAACAAAUAUUGCUGAAAAUUAGUUAUCUGUGUUAAAAAUUAUCUUGAUCCACACCUCAUACUAUCACAAAACUUAAUUUAAAUAUGGAUCAGAGAUCUAAUCAUCAAAAUUAAAACUAACAGUUCUAGGAGGAAAUCCUUACAAUUUGAGGGUAGGCAAAGACUUCUUAGAUGGGACUAAAAGCAUAUGAACUAAAAAAUAAAAAAAGAUGAAAUGUUCCUUAUCCAAACAAACACACAAAAAAAGAAAACUUCUCUUCAAAAGACAACAUUAAUAAAAUGAAAAGUCUAGCCAGAGACUGGGAGAAAAUAAUCAGAAAACACACACCUGACAAAACCAGAACAAAAUUUGUAUUCAUAAUAUAUCAAGAUCUCUGACAACUCAAUAGAAGACCAACAACACAAUUAAAAAAUACACUUUACUGAAAAAAAAAACAUAGAAAUCAACCAUAAGAACAUGAAAAGAUGUUCAACAGUAGUCAUCAAAGAAAUACAAAUUAAAUGCAGAAUUAGGUUCCACUAUGCACACAUUAGAAUGGCUAAAAUAUUAAAAAGACUGGUAAUAAUACUAAGUGUUGGUGAGUAUGUGGAGUAACUGAAAGUCUCACAUAAUAGCAAAUGAGAAUGUAAAAUGAUAUAGCCACUUUGCAAGCCAGUUUGUCAAUUUCUCAUAAAGUUAAACAUAUACUUACCACACAAUCUAGCAAUCCCCUUUCUAGGUAUUUACCUAGUAGAAAUAAUGUUUAUCAAUGCAAAGACUUCUGGUGAAUGUUCAGUGUAGCUUUAUUCAUAAAAGCCCCAACUAGAAACUAUGGAGAAGUCCAUCAACAAAUGAUUGGACAGUCUUUUGCCUGUUGGCUGGGGCCUGACAUACACCGCUUCAGGGAGGGGCUCCACUGCAGCCAUGGGCUUGUUGCUUUUCUGGGCACCACUCCCCCCACCCCACUCUGCCUGCCUGACAUGGUGUGCUAUCGCACCAAUUCCUCCCCGGCUCUUGUGCGCUGCUCUGAGCAGCAUCACUCUUUAGAUCAGAAAGCUGGUGGGCACUAUGGAGAAGAAAUAAAACAAUAAAAAAAUAGAGGAGGUGCUGGAUGAGGGGGAAGAGAAAUAUGUGGUGGAAAAAGUUCUUGACUGUUGAAUGACAAAGGGCAAAGUGGAGUAUCUUCUAAAGUGGAAGGAGUUCUCAGAUAACAUGUGGGAGCCAGAAGAGAGCCUGGAUUGCCCUGAUCUCAUUGCCAAGUUUCUACAGUCGCAGAAAACAGCACUUGAGACGGAUAAACCAGAGGGAGGCAAGCUCAAAGCUGACUCUGAUUCUGAAGAUAAGGGAGAGGAGAGCAAACCAAAGAAAAAGAAGAGUCAGAAAAGCCACAGAUUAUUAGAUCUACAGACUCGUGGAGAACUCAUGUUCCUGAUGAAAUGGAAAAAUGCUGCUGAGGCUGACCUAGUCCCUGCCAAGGAAGCCAAUAUCAAGUGCCCACCAGGUGGUCAUAUCCUUCAAUGAGGAAAGGCUGAUGUGGCAUUCUUACCUCUCAGAGAACAAUUACCAAAAAGAUGACAAGAAUUAACUCUUCUGAGUACUAGUGCUCCUGUCACGUCUGACUGUGGGUUUCAAGUUAGAAGGGAAGGAGUUAUACUUGUCUUGGCACCAGAGUUGGCUUGAGAAGAUGUCCUUUGUAGAGUCAGUAGUACCAUUUCUGUGCCCUACAGCAGCCCAAGUGCUUUAAAGCCUUUCCAUGCUGUGUAGUUUGCACACCCAUCCCAGGAAGGGAAAGGGGGAGAAAUGUUGCAAGGCAGCCCAUUAUGUACUUUUCUGAGAAAGGCAAAGGGCCUUCCAUGAAGGACAAAACUUACAGAGUGGGUGUGUGGGAGAGCAAAAGAUACUGUAGAUCUCCAAAGUACAUCUAUCUCCACAAUCCACAACCUUCUUCCCAAUACUGUUAACUCUGCAUUUUUACAGUGUAGCAUGUGUGUAGUUUUUGGCUGUUACUAGUGUAUUAUUUGGGGCUGUUACUAGUGUAUUAUUUGGGGUUGGGAAGGAACAGAGAUGGGUAGGAUUUUUUUUGUUAAAAUUUGAGAUCUGACUGGGGAAAUGGUAAAACAAUGAAAAGAAUAAACCAGCAGUGAUUUGGUUCUGUGUCCAGAAUAUUUUAUCUUUUCAAAAAUGUCAUUGGCAACCUAAAUGAGGACUAUGAGAAACUGUUUAAAAGCUGUGAAUGCUGGAAAUUUAUAAGCCAAGGUAUUCCCUUCUUGAGCUUAAUGCUGUUCCCAACAAAGUACUAAACCAGUUAAUAAAUUACCAAAGCUUCCAUCUGGGGAAUGGAAAUUGGUUGAGGAGGGAAAGUCUUAUUGGAGCAUAUACAUAGGCAGAUCGUUCUGUCUUAGAGGUGCAAAUUUUUGAAAUUGAUAAGAAACCCUUUCUUUUCCAAUUAUGAAAUGUUAAACAUCAGUUUGUCUAUCCAAGCCACUGGCUGAAGAAUUUCAGCCACUGGCCCAGGCUCCAAGGUUGGAAACUUCUUGGGCCUGUUAUUUGAACUUUGACUUCUGAAAUCAACAGGAUUCAGUCACUGACAGUACAAGUUCAUCAGAUCACUUGAAGAAUUGAAUGAUUUCAAAAGCCCUGGUCUCAGGAGAAGAUUAAACUUUCAUACUGCCCCUACAGCAUCCCAAGUGCUUUAAAGCCUUUCCAUGCUGUGUAGCUUGCACACCCAUCCCAGGACGGGAAAGGGGGAGAAAUGUUGCAAGGCAGCCUAUUCUGUACUUUUCUGAGAAAGGCAAAGGGCCUUCCAUGAAGGAUAAAACUUGCAGAAUGAGAGCAAAAGAUAUUGUAGAUCUCCAAAGUACAUCUGUCUCCACAAUCCACAACCUUCUUCCCAAUAGUGUUAACUCUGCAUUUUUACAGUGUAACAUGUACCAGUGUAGCAUGUACAGCUUCACUUCGAAACACAAAACAAAACCAAUUUUUUUAUUCUAAUAAUUAAUACCCAAAAUGCUGUCUUCAAUCAUGAGAUCCAUCAGUUCUCCACAUCGCCUAGACCUGCAUCUAGAACUCCACUGUGAAAUCUUGUUUUUAAACUUUAUUUAUUUUGAGAGAAGAUGUGUGUGUGCAUGCGCACAGAGGAGGGGCAGAGAGAGAGGGAGAGAGAAUCUCAAGCAGGCCUCACAUUGUCAGUGCAGAGCCCAACCCAGGGCUCAAACCCAUGAACCCGAAGGUUAUGACCUGAAUGGAAAUCGAGAGUCAGACGCCUAACUGACCAAGCCACCCAGCCGUCCCAAGAAUUUCCAUUGUAAAAUCUUUUUAGGCAUGUGUUAAAUUUCUGUGAAAACUUUAAUAUAACUUCAUACCACAUUGUCAGUUUUUGUCUUAAUAAAACUAUAGAAUUAUAAUUCUUUUUUUUUUUUUAACGU